AGUGCAGUUGAGUAUUGACUUUUUCCCGUGUCGGACGCAUUGAGACAGUGAAGCGCAUCAAACAGCGGCGUUACAAAAAAAAAAAAAUUCAGCAGUUACACAAGAGUCCUUCUGGUUGGAUAUAAAAAUCGUAGAGAAUUUAUCAAUAUCGUUUUUUUAUACACCAUAUUGCAUGUUUUGCAUAAUUGCUACAAGAAAAUAAAUAAUAAAACUAGAGAGCAUUGCAAAAAAUCAAUGAUUACAGGCUUUUUGCCGUUUGUGGCAAACAUUUGAAGCAAUUUUUAAAAGAGCAUUGCACAAUACAAUUAACUACAAGCAGCGCUGGGAAAAAGCAAAGUCGCAUGUAAUUCCACGCAUUCAACGGAAGAACUUUGCAAACUAUUUGUAUACUUAGGGCAAAAUAUUCAAGCUAGUAAUAGAAAUUGAUGCCUACUUAACACGGUAAAAGCAAAUUAAUUCCAUAAGGUGCCGCGCGUGGAGUGCGGCAGAAGGGAAAAUAUCGAUUUGUAACAUAAAACAUAUAUGUACGUUUGGCAGCUAGCAGCAACAAAGCACAGGACAGCUAUACGGCAAGCGCGGAUCGGGAACUAACAGCAAAGCCUUGCUACGAGUUGUCACGAAAGGACUAAGCUAAACGGUGAAGUGAACUGGAACGACAAGCAAUUGCAAAAACAAACAAGCAAACACAGUGAACUUUAGUGCAACUUUAUUUAUAGUAAGGAAGGCAAUAGUCACAGCUGUUGACAGCGGGGUGAGUGGCGUAUCCAGUGCUUCCGGUAGAGCGUUGACAACGCACGGGCAAUACCGUUACUUAAAGCGAAAAAAAGCACACUGCGGCUCAUAGAGAGUGCGGCAGUUAGAGAGUGCGGAAAUUGCAAAACAAAACGUGAGCGUGCAAUUGAGAGCAAACCGUUACUGAGCAAGAGCGCACAACUACACUGACAGCAGCAACACUUUGAAGCGCAUCCUUAAACGAAAUAUAUAUUUUUUUACCGUUAAUUAGUGUGCAUCAACUAUCCUACAAUUUACUACGACACUUUGCGCGUACGCCGCUGUGAUAGUACGCGCUGUCGUAUACGUAACCAAUUUUGUAACGCGCUCACCUUGACUCACAUUCACUGAUUAUAAGCAGUGGCUCUAAUACGCUGUACGUCGACUAGUUGAAAACAUAAAUUCUAUGCCAAAACCAGCAAAAUGUUGCCAUAAAUUGUACGCACACGCGAUAACUUGGCCAAGCGCAAGUUGCAUUUCCGCGCCGAUAUUCUUCGAUUUUUUUUAAAUUGUCACAAAUUUACAUGCAAACCACUGCAAUACAACCAAAAUAGACACUACGUAUCAAAAGUAACUAGAAUAACGUGAAAAAUCUGUGCCAAAGGCUGCGCCUAAAACGUAAAUAUUUUUUUACCAAUAAACAAACGCUUUUGUUUAUAAGCGUUACUUACCUUGUUUUCUUGCCUCUUUUUUUUCUUUUACAAAUUUGUACAAAUUUACAAUUUUCGUGUGGUUGUCGCUUCGUUGGUCGGUGAGACCCGUCUAUUAGCCAUUGCAACAGCAGCUGUAACAACAAUUACAACAACAACACUAGCAGCAAAUUUACGCCGUUGUCGUUGUUGUUGCUGGUGUCGGUGUCGGCAUCGUACGCUGCUUGGUGCCGUCGCUCGCUUCGUAAGUCAAAGUAAAAAUUCCGCCGACGUUGGUCCUGUCGCAACUAUUCGCUUGCAUCAAAAAAAGCCGAUUUAAACCAAUGCAUUUAGGUUUCAAACGUGCAAAACGCCAAAACCAAAAACGUUUUUCGAUUAGUAAAAAAUGUCUUUGCCCCGAGAAUGGAAUCUUCCGAAUUCACGGGGACCGUUACACGGCACGAGUGAAUCGUACCCAACUGGUGGAGUCCAGCACCAGUCGGGAGGGUUCAUUCGCACAUCCACGGACAGCGAUGGUGACUGUGGCGUUUACAUCACCGAUCGGCAUAAUCAUCACGCCGCCACCAAUAUACCACCAUCGCCGCCACCUUCACUUGUCGGCGCUUCGUGUGAACUGCCGACAACGGUUGCUUGCUCUCAACCCGCCCCACCAUCAUUGCUCACCGAGUAUCAACAGUCGACUGGUUCGCUCUUCUCAGUCGUGUCGGCACCACCGGUACCGCUCGCCGAACUUGACGUCAAGCAAGUGGAUGCGCUUAAUAGCGGUGGAUUCCACAAGGUCAUGGGGAUCGCUGGAGGUGUUGGUCUGCAAGCUGGCGUCGGCAUGGGUUUAUCAACGAUGGGUGGUAGUGCACAAAAUGCCUACUCGACCACAUCAAUGGAUGCAACAGCUACCGCGGCAGUUAUGGCUGCAGGCGCCACAAUCAAUUGCCCGAUGGACGGUACGGCUACGAUCGCUGGCACCACCACACAUGGCAUACAACGUCGUCCGGCAACGUUGCCCAUUAAUACGCCAUACUGUCCGGCACCGGUUAGCCGCACUUUGCACUCGAGCCUCUUGGAGCAUCAAAUUGCCGAAAUUGAAGAAGAAGAUAAUGAAAAUCUGUUGACUGUCUCCAGUAUUACAGCGCGUCCAUUAAUCGCCAAAUCGCGUGAGAUACGUUCGAAUCGACAAUUGCAGCUGAUCGAACAAUCCGCGAAACGUGGAGCUAAACAAACGCGACGCGCUAAUCUGUCCGCACAUGCCGCCGACGGCAGGUCCGCCGAUACGGAUCAGUGUGUAGCGGGCAAGCGUACAACCUCUGCUUCAUCACGUUCCUCAGUUAAUACUGAUCCACCAGAUGGUGGUUAUGGUUGGCUAAUUGUUUUUGGCGCAUUUUCAGUGCAAUUUUGGGUUGCAGGCUUGGUUAAGUCAUAUGGCGUGCUCUAUGUGGAAAUAAUGGAAACAUUUCCCAGUUCAACGGCAACCGUUGCUUCUUGGAUACCCGCCAUACUAUCAGCACUAUGCUUAGUUUUAGCGCCAGUCUCUAGCGCACUAUGUCAGCGAUUUUCUUGCCGUUCGGUGGUUUUCGUUGGCGGUAUAUUCUGUGCGUUGGGACUUACGCUUAGCUACUUUGCGACUAGUCUGUUACAUUUGCUCAUUACCUUUGGAGUUUUGACAGGUAUCGGUGGCGGCCUCUCUACAACACCCGGAAUCGUAAUUGUGUCACAGUAUUUCGACAAGCAUCGUGCGCUAGCAAAUGGCAUCUGUGUUUCGGGCACCGCCGCUGGUAGUUUUAUAUUACCGGUACUUAUAAAACAUCUCGCAGAGAAAUUCGGCUUCCAUGGAACGAUUUUAAUUUUGGGCGGUUGCAUGUUUCAUGUUUGCAUCUCAGCCACACUUUACAGACCUAUAGAGGAUUACAAUAGUGAAAGUGGCAAGUUAAACGAGGAGGAGGAAGAGUCGGCGAAACCGCUGAAUGACAUCAAUCCCAGUACAACGGGCAUGCUUACUGGCUCCACAUACUUGGACACAUGUGAUGCUACGCUCAACAAUAAAUUUAUCGAACAUCUGUUUCUUGAGGAAUCAAAAAACCGACUUAAUGAUCUAUACUCGGGCAAGCAAAGUGCAAAUGAAAAGCAAAUUGCCGCUGGCCACGAAACUGAUGAUGAUGAGGUAAAGGAUGUUAUUGGUGAGACAACAUUUAUCAAGCCAAUGAAGAAGGUGCGCAGUUCGGGUAUUAUGCAUUCUGUGGAAGAUCUUAGCACCGACUCCACUUGGGUGUAUCGCAAGAAUUCCGGUACCGAUUCCAAUCGUGGUAGCCGACGACGUCGAAACGUGUUUGCGAAUGACGAAAUCAUUUCGAAAAUACAAGCACAUCUGGAGAAACCACUCUCUCCGCCAGCCGUGGUGACACGUGGCCUGAGCAAAAGCAUGGAGAUACCCACACCAGUUAGUAAUUUUACUGACUUGAACAAACGUGGUGAGCUGCAUGAUCUCAGCGGUGCUAUAGUAGCUCAACCACCAAUAGAUGCUGGCGUCAGCGAAGACGAUGAUGAUGACGAUGUACCACGCACCUGCUGUGAACGCAUCGAAAUGUACUUGGACAUUAGUUUAUUGAAAGAUACCACAUUCAUAUUGAUGUGCUUGUCUGUGACAUUGAUGUCGGUCGGUUGUCCCUACAUGCUUUACUAUCUUCCGGCACAUGUCAUUUCCAUAGGCAACAACAAAAGCCAGGCCGGUUAUCUAGUCGCCGUGAGUGCUGUGUUGGAUUUAUGUGGACGCUUGGGUCUUGGCUGGUUGUCCGAUUUGCAACUUUUCGAUCGCAAAAAGACCUACAUUUUCUGUAUACUGGGCGCCGGCAUAGCCGUACUUACAAUACCGUCUGAGGACACGCUUUAUUUAAUUGGACUAUCCGCUGCUGUUUAUGGCUUCUGUUUGGGCAGCUGGUACGUGUUAAUGCCGGUUUUGUUGGCUGACAUCUUCGGCACGGAUCGUAUUAGUUCCAGCUAUGGUUUGGUGCGUAUGUUUCAGAGCAUUGGCGCAAUUUCGGUGCCACCGUUAGCCGGCUUUCUACGCGAUCUUUCUGGUAGCUACGAGAUAUGUUUCUACUGUAUGGGCGCUUGCAUGGUGUUGGGCAGCAUACCGCUACUGGUUUCGGCGCUGCUUGAAAGUCGCGAACGUGAUCCCUUCGAACAACCCGAUGAAAGUGAUGAGAACUCUACAGUAUCUUAAGCGGUUUUGGAUGGAAAUUUUUUCUUGACAGCAAUUUUAUUGACUGUUUUAUAAUUUUUAUAGCACAUGGAGUUUAAAAAGUGAUAAAUGUGUCUCCCUGUACUUAUGCUAUUCACAAGUAGUUAUUGAACACUGCUUUGAUGUUGAUUUAGAUUCAGUCCAAUGUGUUUUUGAAAUUCCUAUUAGUAUGUGCAGCACAUAAUUUACUCAGACAAGUAGUAUAUCUAUCAAUAGUAAUUACAUAUUUACACACAUAUAUGUAUUCCAACAUAUUACUAUAUACUAAGUUGUUGUGCUAGUAGAUCAUAGAUUUCUGGAACCUUGUCGAAGUUUUCUAACGGAAAUCAUUUGCAUAUUAUCGUAGAUUUUAGAAUACCUGUUACUGACUCAACUGAAGUAAAACGAAUUUAUUUUGGAAAAAUAAAUCUUAAGGCAGUUCACUCAGAAUCGUAUAUAACCAUAAACUGCUUUUGUUCGAUAACUGCUUUUACUUGCUUAGACAUAUCGAGGUAUAAAAAAUACAUGCUACAUAAAAGAAGAAAAAAAGUUUGAAACCCAUAAACUGUUUCCGAGUUCAGCGAAAAUGUUUUAUGUUUUAAAGUUCGAAAAAAUAAGCGCAAUGUGAAGAAGCAUAUUUCUAAGCACGAAUAGCAAAGAGAGUGGAGUGUUUGGCACCUCAGAGUUACCACUGUCGUUAAAUACUUUCGGGAAUAUUUGAGCUGAAUUGUGCAUUCUUUUUAACUGGCCUAUAAAAACAAAUCUAAAACUAUUUUACAUAUAUGUAAGUAUUUGUAUUAUAUUGGGUCGUUCACUAAGUAGUUUCGUUUUUCCAAUUUAAAUAUUUCUUUAAUAUCAUCUCUUUCAUCCAAUACCUUUGACAUCUUUCGGACAAGAGACUAAUUUCACACUUAUAAAUUUGUUGAUCCUUGCGGGCAAAAAAAAUGUCCAAGUCGUGGUUGUCGUCCUGACUUGAAGUGAAGGUUUUUCAAUCCAAAAAAUUUUACAGAGACUGGAACAAGUAUUAGUUCCAAGGUGCCAAUACCACAGAAUAGUUGAGUCGGGUAGCACAUUUCAUUCAAGCUGCUGCUUUUGGCGGGUCAACACAUUUGUAUGAGGUCUCGCAUUAUUUAUUUAUUUAGUUACUAAAAUCAAGGAACAUUAAUUCUUACAGACUAUUAGAAAGUUUUGAUUUAAUUAUUUAAAAUUAAAUAUUUUUUAUUUAGAAUUAUAAAAUAAUAAAAUUACAAUUAAACAAAUAGAUAACAUAACUAAAAAUGGAAUUAAGUGUGUUCACGAAGCAAGCCCUAGAGUGAGAAAAAUCAAGUAGAACUUAGUCGAAAAUCGAGUUAAACUCACGCAAAGUACGAUUGAGAGGACUUUCUUUCUUAACAGAUAGGGUCAGUCAAUACCUCCAAUAAUUACAUUGAAAACAAGUGAAAGGCAGAGAACGGACCGUCGAUUUCAAGUGACUUAAGCUGCAAUAAGAAUAAACGAGAUGUACUAUAUACGACGGUAGGGGUUUAACAAACUCUAAUAUAAGAAAGAAACAGGUUUUGGUAGCGGUCAAUCCUAUCUAUUGACGAUAUGCAAUUCUAUGGUCGCCAAAUGAACACUGUAUACUUCAAGAUGGAAUGAACAAAAGGUUUAUACAUACAGUAAUUUAAACGUAUAGGGGUCGGAAAAAUUGGAAGCAUUUCGACGGACAAAGCCAAGCACAGAAAAUGAUCUAGAAGUGAUAUAUUUGAUGUGAUUAUUGAAAGAAAAGCCAUUGUCAAAGAUCACCCGAAGAUCAUUGAUUUAUUUAUUUAUUUAUUUAUUAUUUAUUAUAACUGAAAUUACAAUAAAUGUGAAAAAACUCUAGCAUCUAGGGCAACUAGGUUACCAUCAUUGAUUUAAUUUACACAUUUUAUAAAAAUUAUCAAUAUCACAUUGAAGUUUAAUAGGAUCUUCCGAGUUUUUGAUUAUUUCGAAAAUUUUUAAGUCAUCUACAUAUGGCAAAAAUUUAGCAAAAGAGAAACAACAAGAAAUGUCGUUGAUAAAUAUAAUAAGGAGGAGAGGAUCUAAAACGCUUUCUUGUAGCACUCCCGAAGACGACAUCUCAUUGACAAUAACAACACAACGCCUAUUGGGGGAUAAAACUACUGUUUCAAUUGUUUUAAAGUAAACAUAUUUUAACUACUAAUAUGAACAGAAAAUAGUAAGAUUUUUUUCAUAAUUUUAAAAUUCGUAAUUUAUUUUGCAAAAUCUAUGUCGUCUUCCCCAAUCUAAACCUCCUUGGCCACAAAACACUUGUGACAACGUUUUUUCAAUACUCGAAACAGUUGUUUGAAUCAAUUUCCCCGGAGCAUUCGUUUGAGUUUGCUGAAUAGCCAGAAAUCACACGGAGCUAAAUCAGUUGAAUACGGUAGCUGCUGCACGAUAUUGGUUGAAAUUUUAACGAAGCAUGAAUGCAGUUUAUGUCUGUGUAUUAUUGUGGUACAAAAACCAAGUGAGAUAAUUCCGGCAUCUUUUUACGUACAGCUUCACGCAAACAACGCAUAACGCUCAAGUAGUGUUCCUUGUUGACAGUUUGGCCGAUCGGGAGUAAUUCGGAGUGCACCACACCUCGAUAAUCGAGGAAAGCUGUCCACAUAAUCUUAAUUUUUACCUGCUCUGACGUGGUUUUUCGACUUCGGUUCAUUUUUGCCACGAUAUUCGGCCGAUUGAUUAUCUGUUUCUGGGUCGUAAGCGUAGAUCCAAGACUCAUCGCCAGUAAUAAUACGUUUUAUGACAUUCUGGUAAUCGGAAUUGUUUUACAAACGUUAACAGACGCCUUUUUUCGAAAAUAUUGAGUGAUUUUGGAAUUGUGAUUUCACUAAACUUGGGUCCAAAUGAUAAUUCAAAAUGGUUUUCACUGAUCCUUUCGAUAUUUCUACAAUGCCAGUAAGAUCUCUGACUUCGAUCGAUUCUCAAGCACUAAUUCCUUUAUUUUAUUAACGUGUUGAUCAUCAGUUGAUGUUGAUGGCUGUUCUGGGCGUGGUUCGCGAUAAACAAUUAUUACCGAAAGCAUUUUCCAACAUUAUGAACCUUUCCGCACACAAAAUUUAAAGGAACUUCUUUGUUGAAUAAUUUUAUUCUCUUCACAAAGAUAAACUAAUGAUUAUUCUGAUGUAACAUUUGGCACAGAUAUCAGUCAUACCAACCAAGAAGACUAGGAAGGGGUUUCCGAACGAAAUUUAAAUUAAAAGUCUUACUAUUUUUUGCCCACAGUAGUAAUGCACAAUAAAAUUUUUGAAGAAAACUAAAAAUUGUUCAAGCUGGCGCAUGUAAGCUGAACAAAAAUCUUCCUCACUACUCCAGUGAUUCCGGUCUUUUCCGUGAAUGAAAACUAAAAAAAGUUCACUAGUAGCAAAACAAAUAAAAAAUUUAAUUGAAAAAAGUUGGAGUUUACUCAAACUUUUUGAAUUUAUGGGGCUGAUUAAACUGAGUGGAUAGAAUGUAUAAUGCUGUAACUCAAAAAUUAUAUAAUAUUUUGUUCAAAAAUUUUAAAGGGUUAUUUUUUAAAGCAUAACAUAUCGAAAUACGAAAAAUAAAUAUUUUUUUUAUUUUACACUAAGUGUGCAUGUACAGCAUUGAUGGAGUAUUUUGCUUUUCAAGUGGGAAAUUAAAUGUUUUUGUUUUAUGGAAAAGCUACAUAUGUCAAUAUUUUUCACAAACUUUUAUUUAUAAAUUUACUUU